UACUUCAGUUGGUAUUCACCAAUUUUUUCGGGUUUUACAGCAGUAAAUCCACUACUUUUUUUGUAAAUACUUCGGAAUAUUAUUAAGUUUAUUGUUUUGUGAAUUUGUGUCAACACGAUAAUCAAUAAUUGUCUUCUUGAGAAUUCCUUAAAUCGUUUGUAGAAAAUUACUUACUCGCGAUUGAAUAAGCUGUGUUUAUCCCUCAUGCUGUGAUAUUUCACUAAUAUUUUAGUUCUACAAUGGACAUCGACGUUAGUAAAGAGAACAUUCAACCAUUAAGAGGUGGUAGAAACUUUGUGCAAUUGGGUACUGCAUUGCAAGCGCAGUCCGACGUUGAUGCUCAAAGACAGUUGCAGUUACAGAAGGAAGAACAUGAAGCAGCUAUUAGACACUAUCAGGGCCCGGAUCCUUUGGAUCCAUGGUUCAACUAUAUUCAAUGGGUAGAGCAAUGUUAUCCUAAACAUGGCCAUGAGGGGCAUAUGGAUAAACUAAUAAAAGAUUGCCUGCAAUUAUUUGAGAAAGAUGCCAGAUAUUUUCAAGAUAGAAGACUUGUGAAGUUAUGGAUUAAAUAUGUGGACUGUCUUUCUAAUCCAUUGGAGAUCUAUCAAAGGUUGUAUAAUACUGGAAUAGGAGUAGAAUGCUCCGAGUUCUAUCGAGCCUGGGCAUGUUACUGUGAAGAGUCUGGAGAUUACAAGAAAGCUAAUCAAGUCUAUGUGCUUGGUUUGCAAGCUAAAGCCCAACCAUUAGAUGAACUUGAGCAAGCCCAUAUGAACUUCCAAUUGUUUUUUGCUCAACGAAUGCUGCAUGAUGAUUCUCCAACAAAAAGAAAGGCAGCGUCUGCAUUAGCUGAGACUAGAAUGGCUCUGACAUCUUUGAAGUCAUUUAAGAGGCGUAAUAUCGCUAGUGUUCCUGUACAAAGAGUAGGGGAGAGCAUCCGAAGUGUACAACCUGGAGUAGUGAGGCAGCAGCAACACAUUAACAAAAUGCCAAAUUCUAAUAUUAUGGUCAAUGUUUUUGAGGAUGCACCAUCAACUUCACAUGCAUCACAUGGCAUUCACGUGGCUGAGGAUCCUGGACCAGCUUCUUUAGUACAGGCUUGUAGUAAUAUAGAAAAUGAGAAAGAAGUUGGUAUGUGGACAAAUCCUAAAACCAAAAUGGUACAUACAAAUGUUGUGCCACACAAGCCUUUGCCCUUUACACCAUAUGAAGAUGAAGAUGACGUAUUAAGGCUGUCUGCAAACCAUAUGGCAUAUUGUGCAGAUGAUUUGUCGUUCACUGUGCCUCUCUGUGUACCUGACCCUCCAGAUACUACGAAAAUCCCGUGUUAUAAUAAAUCACAGGUAUAUGUUAAUGAUCAAGAAUAUAGUUUAGAGGAAAUCAGAUCAAAAAAAUAUAAUUUAAUUAAAAAUGUUAAGACUGAAAUACCUGAAAAUGUAGAAGUACAGCCAAAUUAUAGUAACAUUAAUGAAACUCUGGCUCAAUGUAGUGCAUUGGAAACAUUAGCAAAUUGUGCUCUAGACAGUGAGCAAGAUCAUUUAGGACAACUCAUGCCAUUAACUAUGCCUACUCUACAAAAUAUAACAAAAGUAACAAAUAUGCAUUCUCCGGGAGAGCCAAAAGUGUUGGUGAAUUUAGAUUCUAAAGAAUUUAGUGAACUAAGCGCAAAAAAGAAUGACGAUAAUCAAAAGUUAUCUAAUUAUGUCUCUGACAAAGAAAAUCAAAUGGACAGACUUGCUACAAGCAACUAUGGUGACGAAAAUGGUCCACCUGAAUAUGGGAAGAAUAAUUUAAUGGAAGAAUUUAAUAGAAGUUUGAUGGGUAAUCUUCUUGGAGAUUCUGUCACAGUUAACACUAAAGAGGCGCGGUGGGAAUUAAGGAACUUAUUUAAUGACAAUGAAGCUUCUAUGGUACAGCCAGUUGUGCAACAAUUUGAAGUUCCAAAUUUCGAUAUACAUGAAGAUAGAUCUAUGACCAUUGCUAUUAAUACGAAAAAGAAACCAGACAUUAUGGAAAUGAGAUCAUUACCAGAAGAUAAAGAAAAUGCAAACAAAUAUACAGUACCUGUAAUUGCGUCACAAAAUGUUAACAAAACUGCAUUUUAUGAAGAGCCAUCAUGCACUCAAGUCUUCAAUUUUAACAUCAAGGAUGCCAGUACCCCAAACAUGUCUCAAUUUAAGAAGCCAACUAGUUGUAUAGACCAAUCUACCAAGUAUCCCUCUGUACCAAAAUUUAGUAUUGAUGAGAGUGUUAUAGAACAUGUUGAUCAAGGCAUAGGUAAAAGAGAAGAGAAUUCUAGGCAACAUGCAACAGACCAGCAUGCUACUGUUGACAAUCAAGGUACAGGACUUUCAGUUAUAAUGGAAGCUACACGAGAAUAUAACAGUAAAUCUGGUUCCAGCUCAUCUGGGCAAUCAACAAGGACUAAUUUCACUGGUUACACCACAAAUUUUGAUUCAAUGUACAAUAAUCCCAAUGAUCCAUCACAGCAACCUACCUCAUCCAAACGAAGUUCAUUAUCUACUCAACCAAGAAUGCCCAAUGGAACCUUUGCAAGGGUUUACCCCCAAAAACGAGAGCAGCCAGAAAACAAAAUGGCUGCACCGUCCACAUCAGUGCCUUACUUGUCUCAUGAUCACCAGUACCAGAAACCUAUGCCCCAAAAUUAUAAUGGAUACUCACCUCAAAGGUCUAUGCAUCCACAUUAUCAACAGAGCUAUAAUAACUAUCAGCAAGGCUAUACUGGUAAUCAGGUCAUGAGCCAACAACAGCAGCAACAGGGUUACGCAAGUCCGAAUGCUAAUGCUUAUCAUAGCCCACAACAUCCAGGCAUGCAAAGUCCCCAUGCUAUGAAUCAGGCUGUUCCUCCUGGAUUUCAAAGCCCUACAUAUUCAAACCAAGUAGGAUAUCAUAGUCCAGGACAUGUCAUGAUGAGUCCUCCACCACAACAACAACAAUUUAGUGGACGACAAGAAUAUUAUACUAAUCAAAAUGAUAGACAACAUAUCUACGUGAAUCAGCAACAACAACAGAGUGCAGCUGUUUUUCAAAGCCCUCCACAUCAAACACAAUAUCAAAAUAAUCAAUACUAUCAACGCAAUAAUUCAGUUCCGGCAGGUACAAGUCCAAGUUAUAACCAACAAAACUACCAUAAUAUGCACAAUCAAUACAAUAACACAAAUAUCUAUCCUAAUGUCAAUCCUCACCCUAACAAUCAAAGUUUUAAUGCAAUGCAAAGUCCAUACAGGCAGCCUCCUAAACCAUCUGAGAGUACAAGUGGAUAUGGCCCUCAAAAUAAUCAGUCCUUUCAAAUUUACCAAAGCCCACAAUUAUCACAUAACAAUUAUCGUAAUAUUCCAACUCAUGGAAUGAAUACUUCAUUAGAGAAUAUGGAUGUUCAUAUGAGACAAGAAUCUCAUAUGAAUGCGUCAUUAAAACCGAAUGAAAUUGACACAAAGGAGCAAAGUAUGACAAAUAAAUCAACACCUCAGCCAAAAAUAGUGGCUCAACAUAAAAGUCCAACCUCCGCUCUUAGAACAAUUAGACAUGAUCAACCCAAUGUGAAAAUCGGUCAAAAUUCACCUGAUAUUGGUUUUUCGAAUCAAUUUCUUAAUUUUAUCUCUAACAGAAAUGAACCUAAGGAUAAUGCGAAUACUCCUAAAUUUACUAAUAGCCCAAGUAUUUCUCAGAAAAUGCAUAAAAAUCUUUAUGUAUCAAGUCCAGAACAAGCUCAAAUACCACCAUCGUCAGGACUCUCAGACUCUGAUAGCAAAGAUGGAAUGACUGCCCAAACUGUAACACCAAUUCAAUCUGCUAAAAUAUCACAUAGUGCUGAAAAACAAAAAGAUAUAUCCAAAAGACAGCUGGAUUUCGAACAGCGCGUUGAAUUCCAAUCAGAGGAUAGCAGGGAUUCUGUCAGUAAAGAAAGUAGAAUUUCGUCGGUACAUUCGAGGCAAUCUGAUUUUCAUUCUGAUGGCUAUGGUAUGGAUGUGGACAGUGAGAAUUCCAUGGAGUGUGGUGCUUUUAAAUCAACUCACUCCAUAUCUUUAGUGGAAACAAGUGACAUACCUAGACCAGCUGAUAUUGACUUCCCAAAAAUAAUUGAUCCAUUCAAUAAAAAGAUUUUGACCUCACUGUUAGAAUAUGUUAAAUUUCCAAAUAAAACUCAUGCUGAUGGGUAUGUGGAGGUGCGGUCUGUUCCAAAAUUACAGCCUACUAUGACAAUUAGCAUUGGAAAUAACAAAUUUUCCAUAGAAAAACAACUUGGUAAAGGGAAUUAUGGUGCGGUGUUUUUAUGUCUUGAUAUCCACAGCAACAAGAGUGUAGCUGUUAAAUAUCAAAAACCCAGUAGGCCCUGGGAGUUUUAUAUUUGUCAAGAAAUAAAAGCCAGAAUAAAGGAUCCAUUUAUGCUUCCAGGAUAUAUGGAUAUUACUACAGCAUUUCUAGGAGACAAUGCCAGCUUAUUUGUAUCGGAAUACUCCAAGUACGGAUCUCUUUUAGAUGUUGCAAAUAAAGUACGAGUUGCUACUUCAAAAUGUAUCAAUGAAUUUAUAGUUAUUCUAUUGACAUCUGAAAUGCUAUCUAUUGUUCAUUACUUACACAAGGCACAAAUCAUUCAUGCAGAUAUCAAACCAGACAACUUUUUGUUAAUGAAGAUCCCGGCACAAGAAUGGCGAACACCAUCUUUGCAGUUGAUUGAUUUGGGCUGUGCCAUAGAUAUGUCUUUGUUCCCUGAAGGAACCACAUUUAAUGAAUUAAUUGCAACUGAAGGAUUCACGUGUACCGAGAUGCGAGAAAGAAAGCCAUGGACUUAUCAAACAGAUUUGUACUGCUUGGCUGGAACAAUACAUGUCAUUCUGAUGGGUAGCUACAUGAAAGUAGCAAAUCGCUUAGGUCAAUGGAAUAUAGAUAAGAAAUUACCUAGGUACAUGAAAGUUAGUCUAUGGGAUAAGAUAUUUACAACACUACUUAAUGUUCCGGACUGUAACAAUUUACCUGACUUAUUAGAUCUCAAAAAUGAAGUAGACAGUGUCUUGAGUGAAAUUGACAACCUUGGCUCUCAGCUCCGCAACUUCGCUAAUGUGCUUAAAUCUAGAUAAAUAUCUCAAUGGUUCUUAUGUAUUUAUUGCAUUUAGAUUUUAUGGCGACUGUAAAAACAAGUACCUAACAUGUAUUAUUUAAAAUAUAAAUACAAAUUAUGUCUAAUAUUGAAGAAAUCUUGAUCUAUAUCCAGGUUAUUAUUGCUCUUCUUAUAAAAAGCAAUAAAUAUAGGAUGUCAGAAUCUGCAAUCUAGUUUACAAUAAUGCCUUGUUGUGUUUAGUUAAAAAUGUGAUAUUGUGAUUUUUAGUUCCGUUUUGUUAGUUUAGAAUGAAAACUUGUCUUAGAUAUUAACUUGUUAGCUUAUAAAUGUUGAAAUAUUA